GGCUUCCGGCGGUGACGUUUCUGACCGGUGUCAUCAGCCGAGUGCAGCGUGGGUUUUAUUCUUCAACAAAUCCAGCUGAAGUUAUUCAAAAUGACGGAACGCAAAGGAACAGCAAAACUGGACUUUUUGAGAAAGAUUGAGGAGGAGAUUCAGCAGAAAUGGGAGAAGGAAAGGAUUUUUGAGACGGACGCUCCAACCACCAUUGGAGAAAGUACAGAUAAGAGCAAGUUCAUGGUCACAUUUCCCUACCCUUACAUGAAUGGGAGGCUUCACCUCGGACAUACGUUCUGCCUGUCAAAGUGUGAGUUUGCAGUGGGUUACCAGCGGCUGAAAGGAAAGCUGUGUCUUUUCCCGUUUGGACUUCACUGCACUGGGAUGCCCAUCAAAGCGUGUGCAGACAAGUUGAAGAGGGAAAUGGAGCUGUAUGGAUACCCGCCCCAAUUCCCUGAGGAAGAUGAAGAGGUGGAAGAGCAGAAGAUGACCACUGAUGAGGUCAUCAUCAAGGACAAGUCAAAGGGCAAGAAGAGCAAAGCUGUUGCAAAGUCUGGAAGCGCCAAGUUCCAGUGGGACAUCAUGAAGUCUCUGGGCCUGCGGGACGACGACAUUGUAAAGUUUGCUGAAGCUGAACAUUGGCUGGAUUAUUUCCCUCCUCGUGCUGUAGAAGACCUGAAGAAAAUGGGGCUCAAGGUUGAUUGGCGUCGCUCCUUCAUCACGACCGAUGUAAACCCAUUCUACGACUCUUUUGUGAGGUGGCAGUUCAUCACUCUGAAAGAGAGAAAAAAGAUCAAGUUUGGGAAAAGAUAUACCAUUUACUCUCCGAAAGAUGGGCAGCCCUGCAUGGACCAUGACAGACAGACAGGAGAGGGAGUCGGUCCUCAAGAGUACACUCUUAUUAAGAUGAAGAUUGUGGAACCGUACCCAGCAAAAUUGAGGGUUCUUAAAGACAAGAACAUUUUUCUGGUUGCUGCGACUCUGAGGCCUGAAACCAUGUUUGGUCAAACGAAUUGCUGGAUUCGGCCAGAUAUGAAGUACAUCAUAUUUGAGACGGCCAACUGUGACCUGUUCAUCAGCACACAGCGGUCAGCCAGGAACAUGUCCUACCAGGGCUUCACCAAAGAGAACGGAGUGGUUCCGGUGCUCAUGAACAUCAUGGGCCAGGACAUCCUGGGCUGUGCAUUGAAUGCCCCCCUCACCUCAUACAAGACCAUUUAUGCCCUGCCAAUGCUCACCAUUAAAGAAGACAAAGGAACUGGAGUUGUGACCAGUGUGCCGUCAGAUGCGCCGGAUGACAUCGCCGCUCUGAGGGACAUUAAAAAGAAGCAGGCUUUGCGAGAGAAGUAUGGAAUUCAAGAUUUUAUGGUCCUACCGUUUGAGCCGGUACCCAUCAUCGAGAUUCCAGGCUAUGGGAACCUGUCGGCUCCUUUGGUUUGUGAUGAACUGAAGAUCCAAAGCCAGAAUGACAGAGAGAAACUGGCCGAGGCCAAAGAGAAAGUCUACCUUAAGGGCUUUUACGAGGGGGUGAGACCAUUCGAACACCAGCAUCACUCAAAUUCCCCAUUUUACUGGUCGAACGCAAGUAGGGGACAACUUAUGAAAUAAUAAACCAAUUUAAUGCACAGCUAGCCGUGGAUUAUC